AUGGAGAAGGCCAAUUGCAUAAAGCUUGUGAUUUCUUGCAUUCUGACGAUCAUCAGUAUCUCACAGUCUCAACCUAUAACUGAUGUAACUACUUUUGGAGCUAUUGGAGAUGGCAUCACCGACGAUAAAUUGGCGUUGCAAGAUGCAUGGAAUGUAGCAUGCAGUUCGACUGGAAAUUUGAUGYUACCUAGCGGAAACUUUCUUGUUGGACCAACGACCUUUCGAGGUCCAUGCAAACCUAAAACUAUGGUCGUCAAUGUCGUAGGGACUGUUAAGGCAAUACCUAGGAAAGACUGGAACCCUGAGGCUGAUACUUGGCUUAAUUUUGAACAUGUCGAAAACCUUAUUAUAACUGGGCCUGGACAAUUCGAAGGUCAAGGUGAUUCAGGCUGGUGGGAUUGUGAGAAGACUAAUAAUUGUGAAACAAAUCCCACGGCUUUAGGAUUUCACCAUUGUAAUGGGGUUAAGCUAAUAAAAGUAACCUCCAAAAAUAGCCCAAAAAACCAUAUAUCGAUAAAUGCUUGUGAUGGAGCCAUAGUCGACAACGUCACCCUAAUCGCACCUAAGGAGAGUCCGAACACCGAUGGCAUCGACAUUUCAGCUACAAAUGGUGUUCAUGUCAAUGGUGGAACCAUCCAAACAGGUGACGAUUGCAUUGCCAUCAAUGGUGGUAGCUCCAACAUCCACAUUGAUGGUCUCUUUUGUGGCCCGGGUCACGGCGUAAGUGUUGGAAGCCUUGGAAGAAAUGGCAAAACAGAUAUUGUACGUAAUGUUACAGUUAUCAACACCACGUUCACCGCCACUCAAAAUGGAGCUCGAGUCAAAACCGUACCGGGAGGGUCGGGUUUGGCGGACGAUAUCACAUUUAGUAACAUAACAAUGGUGGCCGUUGAAAACCCCAUCAUACUCACUCAAUUUUACUGCCCGCAUAAACAAUGCAAUGACAUUGCGCCCGUGGUUCAUGUAAGCGAUGUUACCUUCAAMGACAUCCAUGGGACUUCUUCGAAACCURAUGCAAUCAACAUUUUGUGUAGCAAAAGUCCUAAUAGUUGUGCAGGCAUCACACUCGAGCAGAUCAACAUAGGAGCUGCCAAUCCGGCGCAAAGAGUUGUAUCAAAUUGCCAUAAUACACAAGUGCAAACUAUAGGGGUCGUGUCUCCUCCUAUAGUUUGCACUCCUGCAAGCUUUAUUUCAAUGGACACAGUAACCCAUGAGCAACCAUCUAAAGACAUCAUUUAA